AUGUCGUUCAUCGAAGGGUCGCUUUCUGCGGCGUCCGCAAGUCGUUCGCGGCUGUCAGCUACCGAAUCCCUUUUCCCCCUCGUUGCCGCCGCUAUUCCUGACCUGACCGAAUUCUGGAUAGAAGGUGGCCUGCCAGAAGACCUGCCUCCUCGCUACCUGUUCUCGCUUGCACGACUGAAGCGGCUCGAGAAGCUCAACACAAUCUACUCCGGAGCCGUCGUCGACCACGAAGCUCUCCAAUGCAUCUCUCACAUGACUGCUCUCCGGAACGUCGAACUGAGGAUUUGCCUCGACGGCAUUGGCCCCUCGGACUCUCUGCAGCUUGGCGAGGCGUUUGACGGCCUGACAAACAUUCAUAUCUCUGGUAGCAUCCACGACAUCCGCCGGCUCGCCAACGAUGAAGGUCCUGAAGGACUCGCUCGCAGAGGCGUGCGACAGGUAUCUAAAUCCAUCUCCGAGGCCCACAUAUAUGUCUCCGCCCAUAUAGACUCACCAGACAUCUCCCUGGGUGACGUCCUCCAACCGUACCUCCCCUUCCGCGAGAUGGCCAGCAUGGAGAUGGAGUUCGACCACCACAUCCCCUGCUGGAACGACGAAGACAUGCUCGCCUUCGCAAACGCCUGGCCACUUCUCAAGUCCUUUUUCUGGUCCUGCGGUGUACCCGAUCCACUCCCACUCCCACUCCCAAGCCAGCCGACGGUCGCUGGGGUGGUCGAGCUCGCACGCCGUUGUCCUCGGCUGGAAUACCUCACACUGCCUUUGCUGGACGUCAGGACGCUUCCGCGGCCGCGCGAUGUGCCGCCGGUUGGGCACAAGUCGAUGCAGUCCCUGGAUGUCGGCAGGUACAUCGGGGGAGAGACGGCGAACCUGCUCGACCUCGCGGUCAUACUUGACGUCCUGUUUCCACGCCUGAAACGGCAGCGCUGCUGUAUCAGGGCGAAGGAUGGCGUUUCCUUGGAGAACACAGACGCGGAUUGCCUCCCUGUGCGCAUGACGGACUUGCUGUUGCGGCGUUUUCGGCACGCAGAGAAUUGCUCGACGGAACCUCAACGGCGGACGCAUCUGGCGCACUGA